AUGACGCCCAUGAAGAUGUUGCUCGUGACUGCCCUCAUCCUGGGGGCUUCUCUGCAACAUACCCAAGCAGCUCGAGGGACCAAUGCGGGGCUCCGGGAGUGCUGCCUUGAGUACUUUCAAGGAGUCAUUCCUCUUAGAAGGCUGGCAUCAUGGUACAGAACCUCACCCGGGUGUCCCAGAGACGCCAUUGUGCUUGUAACUGUCCUGGGCAAGCCCAUCUGUUCCAACCCCAAGGACAAGAUGGUGAAGAAGGCAGUUAAAUAUUUGGAAAACCUCAAAAAGCAACUCCCCAACUACAUUCUGUGGGGAGACUCUGCAGGCUACUCCCUGCCCAGGGCCUCCAGCUCAGGCUCUGAAGCAGCUCUGCUGACUUCUGGGUCCAAUGCCUCCCUUCUGGUAGUAGAGCGGUUAUGA